GCGCAGUGGCAUUUUCCUAGGAGCGUGGGUUCCUGUUUCUGAUUUUAGGUGGUCGUCCCAGCCAAGGGAACUGGAACUAAUGGCUCAGAAACCUCUGCGCCUCUUGGCUUGUGGAGAUGUUGAAGGAAAGUUUGAUGUUUUGUUCAAUAGAGUUCGAGCAAUUCAGAAGAAAAGUGGAAACUUUGAUCUGCUGUUGUGUGUAGGAAAUUUCUUUGGCUGCACCCCAGAUACUGAAUGGGAGGAGUAUAAGACUGGCAUCAAGAAAGCUCCUAUUCAGACAUACGUGCUUGGUGCCAAUAACCAGGAAACGGUAAAAUAUUUCGAAGAUGCUGAUGGGUGUGAAUUAGCUGAAAAUAUUACUUAUCUGGGUCGUAAAGGUACCUUCACUGGAAGCUCAGGCUUGCAGAUCGUGUACCUCAGUGGAACCGAGUCCUUAAAUGAGCCAGUCCCAGAUUACAGUUUCAGUCCCCAGGAUGUAUCUUCUCUGCAAACGAUGCUGUGCUCAACAUCCCAGUUUAAGGGUGUUGAUAUCUUGCUCACAUCCCCAUGGCCCAAGUAUGUGGGGAACUUUGGAAAUGCUUCUGGAGAAGUGGAUACCAAAAAAUGUGGUUCUGCUUUGGUCUCUAGUCUUGCCACAGGCUUGAAACCAAGAUAUCAUUUUGCUGCUUUGGAAAAGUCAUAUUAUGAGAGGCUUCCAUAUCGAAACCACAUUGUUCUACAAGAAAAUGCACAGCAUGCCACUCGUUUCAUAGCGCUGGCAGAUGUUGGAAAUCCAGAAAAGAAAAAGUAUCUUUAUGCAUUCAGUAUUGUUCCCAUGAAACUGAUGGAUGCAGCAGAAUUAGUAAAACAGCCUCCAGAUGUCACUGAAAACCCUUAUAGAAAAUUUGGGAAGGAAGCAUCCAUAAGAAAGCAAAUUCCUCCUGCUGAGGAACAAUCAACUUGUCAGUUCUUCUUUGACUUAAAUGAAAAGCAGGGAAGGAAACGUUCAUCCAUGGGCAGAGAGAGCAAACCACCUCACCCAAAGCAGCCUCGCAAACCUCCUCAGCCUCCAGGACCCUGCUGGUUUUGCCUUGCCAGCCCUGAAGUGGAAAAACAUUUGGUGGUCAACAUUGGCACACAUUGCUACCUUGCCCUGGCCAAAGGAGGCUUAUCUGAUGACCAUGUCCUCAUCCUGCCCAUUGGUCACUACCAGUCCGUGGUGGAGCUUUCAGCAGAGGUGGUGGAAGAGGUGGAGAAAUACAAAGCUACCCUAAGACGCUUCUUUAAGAGUCAAGGGAAACGAUGUGUUCUAUUUGAGAGAAAUUAUAAGAGUCAUCACCUCCAGUUACAGGUCAUUCCUGUGCCACUUAGCUGCUGUGCUACUGAUGACAUUAAAGAUGCCUUCAUUACACAGGCACAAGAGCAACAGAUAGAGCUAUUGGAAAUCCCAGAGCACUCUGACAUCAAGCAGAUUGCACAACCAGGAGCAGCAUAUUUUUAUGUUGAACUUGACACCGGAGAGAAACUUUUCCAUAAAAUUAAAAGGAAUUUUCCUUUGCAGUUUGGAAGAGAAGUACUAGCCAGUGAAGCAAUUCUUAAUAUUCCUGAGAAGUCUGACUGGAGGCAAUGUCAAAUCAGCAAAGAAGAGGAAGAGACCCUGGCUUGCCGCUUCCGGAAAGAUUUUGAGCCCUUUGACUUUACUCUGGAUGACUAACUCAGGAAAGAAUUCUUUUUGAACUUUGAAAGAAACUGUUCCAGCCAGUAUGUUUUUAAUGAAACUGCAGUCUCUCCUGGGGACUGUUUCCCUGCCUCGUUUUCAUGCAUUCCCAUGGAACUGCCUGCAGCAAGAGGCCUAGGUUUGAAUUUUUUUUUUUUUUUUAGGAAAGUCAUUCUAAGAUGAAAAUUCUAUGCUAAAAGCAUGUCUGUCACUUAGCACUAAGAACAGCUUGUGUUUACAUUUUC